UCGCUUUUAAUGCUGACCGUCUGGCCGUUGAUUGUGCCGCCUCGUUCCCAUCUGCCCAUCCCUCCGCAUCAAUAGGCAACUUGACGAAUAAUGACAAUAUUAGAGGUCACCAGUACCAGCUUCCGGUAUACCAUGUGCUUUUGCGAGCCCUCAUCUGCCUGCUCCUCGGCGACCAGGGCUACAUUAUGCAUCAGCAAAAUUUGGCCCAUUUCCUCAGACAAUCCGGUUACUUCUUUGCCCUUAUUCUCAAGGCUAUGGCCCAACAUCUGUUUACUACAGGAAAAAUAAAGGCUGAAAGGGCAGAUGAUUCGCGGUUCCCUGCUGGCUUCCAUACUGACAUAAUAUUGCUCACACAAAUUCUCGGCGUCUAUCUGGCCAAAAUGUCCAUGUCUUCUGGAGGACCAGAUGAUCCGAUUUCUAGCUCUGGUCUUAAUUCCAAAAACUACACUAUUCAUGAGGCCUGGUGGUCUGGUGACUUGGCUUGCUGUUUGGCUCGUCGUUUCGGCUCAAGCCUCUUGCUUAAGGUGUUCGGAGAGUCUUCUCCGACACUCCCGCCGACUGAGGGAGCUGUCGUCACGAGAAGACCCAAAUCCUCUCUGCCUUCCACCUCGGCCUCAACGUCAUCCGCUUCAUCAUCAGCAGCAGCAGCAGUAGCUGGCCUUGCCUCAUACGAAGCCAACAGUGGCCUUCUCGCCAAUUAUUCUAGGUUUUCCUCCAUUUCCACCCUCCGCAGCCACCUACGGUCGACAUCAUCUGCAUCACUAUCUGCGGCCGGAUCAUUAGAAUCGAACUUUGAUAGGGAGGCCGGAGAGGAAAUAUCGGGUAACCAGGAGACUUUAGCUGGCCCUAGGACUAGCUCAGAGGCCCAGGUUACACACCUCAACGGCAAUGUCGGCACCGAUGGCGCGUAUAUAAGUUCGGCUCUCCCGUCCAGUCUUGUGCAGGGGCCGUCGGCUUCUGCCUCAUCGACGAUGGUUGUAUCUUUUGUUCAAUUGGCGGAAGAACUGGUACAACCUGUGGCAGCUUUCUACUCUCGACUUAUAGACCUCAUGAACCGAGGCUUUGUUCUAGACCGAAUCCGCGAGCUCCUUAUGUGCCUUGAAAUACAGGCCAGGAUGACGGAUGCAGAAAUCGACCGAUUUAAUUCGCUUCGCUACCAGCUACUUUAUCAGCUCAUCCAGCAUGAACACUUUGUUCACCUGAACACUCCAUUUGUGACACCUUCAUAUAAGGCUGAACAACGAGAUUACUUCUUUCUGACAGAGCGUUUCUGUCAGGACCACUUAAUAGUUGGCCAGUUGUUGCAACCAAUCUCUUGCUUGCUGGUCGGUUGCAUACACGCUGGUGGCACUCGACACCCUACCAACGCUUCGCUUGCUAUCCGCCGACAACCGAUCAGUCUUCUGCUACGAGGUCUCCUCGCCAAGAUAGCGCUGGACUCUCGCUAUGCUGGUGUCGUUUCUGAGGUUCAGGCACGCAUUGCAGGCAUCUUUUUGCCAUUAGUCCACCUGGUGUUGGACAAUCUUACCGCUUUUUCCGUGCCAGGAGGUGAGAAGCUUUUUUUACUCUCUAUUUAG